GCCAAAGGCGUCCUAACGCAAAAACUGGGACCUUGGCGUCGGCCGGUGGCCUACCUGUCCAAAAAGCUAGACCCAGUGGCAGCUGGGUGGCCCCCUUGCCUACGGAUGGUAGCAGCCAUUGCCGUUCUGACAAAAGAUGCAGGCAAGCUAACCAUGGGACAGCCGCUAGUCAUCCUGGCCCCCCAUGCAGUAGAGGCACUAGUCAAGCAACCCCCUGACCGCUGGCUAUCCAACGCCCGCAUGACCCACUAUCAGGCGAUGCUCCUAGAUACGGACCGGGUCCAGUUCGGACCGGUGGUAGCCCUAAACCCGGCUACGUUGCUCCCCCUACCGGGGAAAGAGCCUCACCAUGACUGCCUCGAGAUCUUGGCCGAGACACACGGAACCAGACCAGACCUCACGGACCAGCCCCUCCCAGACGCCGACCACACCUGGUAUACAGAUGGAAGCAGCUUCCUGCAAGAGGGACAACGUAGGGCUGGAGCAGCGGUGACCACCGAGACCGAGGUAAUCUGGGCCAAGGCGUUGCCAGCCGGGACAUCCGCCCAGCGAGCUGAACUAAUAGCACUCACCCAGGCCCUAAAGAUGGCAGAAGCUCACUUACAGGCCCUCCAAGCAGUACAACGAGAGGUCUGGAAGCCACUGGCCGCUGCCUAUCAGGACCAGCUGGACCAGCCAGUGAUACCACACCCCUUCCGUGUCGGCGACACCGUGUGGGUACGCCGGCACCAGACUAAGAACUUGGAACCUCGCUGGAAAGGACCCUACACCGUCCUGCUGACCACCCCCACCGCUCUCAAAGUAGACGGCAUCGCUGCGUGGAUCCACGCCGCUCACGUAAAAGCGGCGACAACCCCUCCGGCCGGAACAGCAUCAGGACCGACAUGGAAGGUCCAGCGUUCUCAAAACCCCUUAAAGAUAAGAUUAACCCGUGGGGCCCCCUAAUAAUCCUGGGGAUCUUAAUAAGGGCAGGAGUAUCAGUACAACAUGACAGCCCUCAUCAGGUCUUCAAUGUUACUUGGAGAGUUACCAACUUAAUGACAGGACAAACAGCUAAUGCUACCUCCCUCCUGGGGACAAUGACCGAUGCCUUUCCUAAACUGUACUUUGACUUGUGCGAUUUAAUAGGGGACGACUGGGAUGAGACUGGACUCGGGUGUCGCACUCCCGGGGGAAGAAAAAAGGCCAGCUGGGAUGGCCCCAAAGUAUGGGGACUAAGACUGUACCGAUCCACAGGGACCGACCCGGUGACCCGGUUCUCUUUGACCCGCCAGGUCCUCAAUAUAGGGCCCCGCGUCCCCAUUGGGCCUAAUCCCGUGAUCACUGACCAGUUACCCCCCUCCCGACCCGUGCAGAUCAUGCUCCCCAGGCCUCCUCAGCCUCCUCCUCCAGGCGCAGCCUCUAUAGUCCCUGAGACUGCCCCACCUUCUCAACAACCUGGGACGGGAGACAGGCUGCUAAACCUGGUAGAUGGAGCCUACCAAGCUCUCAACCUCACCAGUCCUGACAAAACCCAAGAGUGCUGGUUGUGUCUGGUAGCGGGACCCCCCUACUACGAAGGGGUUGCCGUCCUAGGUACUUAUUCCAACCAUACCUCUGCCCCAGCUAACUGCUCCGUGGCCUCCCAACACAAGCUGACCCUGUCCGAAGUGACCGGACAGGGACUCUGCGUAAGAGCAGUUCCCAAAACCCAUCAGGCCCUGUGUAAUACCACCCAGAAGACGAGCGACGGGUCCUACUAUCUGGCUGCUCCCGCCGGGACCAUUUGGGCCUGCAACACCGGGCUCACUCCCUGCCUAUCUACCACUGUACUCGACCUCACCACCGAUUACUGUGUCCUGGUUGAGCUCUGGCCAAAGGUGACCUACCACUCCCCUGGUUAUGUUUAUGGCCAGUUUGAGAGAAAAACCAAAUAUAAAAGAGAGCCGGUGUCAUUAACUCUGGCCCUGCUGUUGGGAGGACUUACUAUGGGCGGCAUAGCUGCAGGAGUAGGAACCGGGACUACAGCCCUAGUGGCCACCAAACAAUUCGAGCAGCUCCAGGCAGCCAUACAUACAGACCUUGGGGCUUUAAAAAAGUCAGUCAGUGCCCUAGAAAAGUCUCUGACCUCGUUGUCUGAGGUGGUCCUACAGAACCGGAGGGGAUUAGAUCUACUGUUCCUAAAAGAAGGAGGAUUAUGUGCUGCCCUAAAA